CCCGGCAGCUGGUCCGCAGCCAUGGGGCCUUGGCGUCGAGUACCCCAGACUCUCAUGCUCCCAUGAUUUCGGGCGGACCCCUGAAUGGUUGUUUUGAGACUUGAUUCCGCUCCUUUGCUCCGAAGAACAACACCUUUCCCCACACAGGGCGGAGCAACGAGAUGAACAGGGACGUGUCCCGGGUCGAGAGUCUGAUGCCGGGACAAUGAGCCGGGAUGGCUGGAAUCCCACUCGAUAUAUAUAGUCAGGGCUGAUGAGCUGUCUGGUCAAGCUUCUUGGCUGGCACGCACUCAGCCUUCACCGGGAUUCAGACACACAUCAAGAUGCUCGCCGAAACUGUCAUUGCCGGCCUCCUGCUGGCGUCUGGUGCGGUCGCCGCUCCGGCACCAAACCCGCUCGAGCUCAUGAAGCGGGCCCCGAGCCCCGGAGUGGUCAUCCAAAAGUGCAGCAACCCCGGGAUGCUCGCCCUUGCGUAUGAUGAUGGCCCAUACCAGUACACUUCGCAGCUGGUGGACAUCCUCGAUGCGGCCGAUGCUAAGGCCACCUUCUUCUGGACCGGCACUCUUUACGGCUGCAUCUACAACCAGGCUGCGGCGGUGAAGAAGACAUUCGCUUCCGGUCACCAGAUUGCCUCGCACACAUGGACCCACGGCCACAUGGGCAGCAUGGGCGCGUCGCAGAUCCGCACCGAGAUGACCAAGCUUGAGGACGCCAUGGUCAACUUGAUCGGCAAGAAGCCGGCCUACAUUCGUCCCCCUUACCUUGACACGGGCGGCCAGUUCCUGCCGACCAUGCAGUCGAUGGGCUACAAGGUCAUCACCAACGAUGUCGACUCAGGUGACUGGAACAACCAGUCGCCGCAGCAGAGCCAGCAGGCCUUCCAGCGGGCCGGCGCCGGUGGCAACGGCCACAUUUCCCUCAUGCACGAGACCUACGCCGGAACCGUCAACACGCUCACCCCGUGGUUGAUUAACUGGGCUAAGCAGAACAACCUCAAGCUCGUUACCGUUGCCGAAUGCCUGGGCGAUGCCGAGGGCGCGUACCAGUCCGGAACCUUCACUCCCAACGGCCAGAACUCUUGUUAAUAUCGAGGCCACGGAUGAAGGUUGGUGCUCUGGAACAAGUAGUACGAAAACACGUAUAUAGU